CUUAGCCUGCAGCUGCUCCGUGCCACAGAUGUUGAUCUUCCACGUGGACAGCCACGAGGUACACCGGCACUACCGUCAGUGCGUGACGUUCGGCUCCUUCCCGUCCCUUCGUCAUGAGAUGGUGUACAACCUCUUCUGUCUGACGAUGUUAUACGUGGCACCCAUCACCAUCAUCGUCAUGUCCUACGGUGCCAUCGUCAUCACUAUCGUCCGCAAGACUAAACUCACCGCUGAUGAGAGCGUGAUCAGGAGAUCCGGCAUCGGCUACCUCGGCAAGGCGAAGGCGCGCACCAUCAAGAUGACCGGCAGCAUCGUCGCUGCCUUCUUCAUCUGCUGGACACCAUACGUCAUCAUCAGCUUGUGGUUUUGCUUCGCUCCCGAAGCGGCAAAAAGGCUGGACCAGCGCGUGCAGAAGACUUUGUUCGUAUUCGCCUGUGCAAUCUCGUGCGCCAACCCCCUAGUGUACGGCAUCUUCAACUUCUGCAAGCAGAAGCCUAAGGUCCAGCUGACGCUGCGGUCCAGCACCGCGCACACUCACCUAGCGCACUCCAGCGCCACCUACAGCAAGGGCCACAAACCUGGUUCGCUGUUCGGGCGCGCGGGCGACGUUCCCGAUUUCUCGAACCGAGCGUCGUUUCGCUUCUGUGAAGCCCAAACAUCUUCAAAAAAUAGUAACAGCAGACAUCAACAUCCCGAAGCAAGAGAGCUGUGUUCGUUGUCAAGCCUGAGCACAGCGCGGAGAGGAUUCGUGCUGGCCAGGAAGCCGGUGGAACACGCGACGUCGCUGGAGACAUCGUGCAGUGAGCGUCCCGCAGCGACGUCGCUGGAGACGUUGUGCAGUGAGCAUCCUGCUGUACGCAUUCCUCAGUACCG